AUGUCAUUAUCAAAAUCUCUGCAGAAGGGACAAGUUCCAAUGUCAUGUCAGAUGUGUGAGGAAUCCAACGAGAUUAAGUGGAAAUGUUUACUGUGCGACUUUCUCUUGUGUACAAAAUGUCAGAAACUACACAAAAAAGUAAAAUCUACCGACCAACAUACAAUUAUAGACAUUAAAGACAUUGCUGCCUAUCAACAAGAAGCCAAAGAUCAACCAGAUAUAAUUAAUAUUCCAUGUAGUGUUCAUAAUGGACAAAACUGUUGCUUGUUUUGCAAGACAUGCGAGGAAGGAAUCUGCCCGUCGUGUAUUCUUACAGCCCAUAACAAACACAACAUGAUUGGAUUAUCUGAAGGUUACAAUUUGACCAUGAAAGCUGUCAAAACUUUUCAUGCUGAAAUAAAGGAAAACAUUUUACAAACAGAAAAGGGAUUAUCUAAACUGAGUUUAAAUGAAUCUUCUGAAGAAUCGAGAUAUGAAUCAGAAAGGCAGAAAAUUUUGGAUAGGGAAAAAGCUUUAAAGAAUGAAGUUGAAAAGCAUACACAGAAUCUUCUGAUUGACCUUGAUCGACAAAUGGAUUAUCUCAGGAAAUCAGUGCAUAAUGAAGAAAACAGAUCAAAGAAAAUAAAAAAAGAUUUAGUAAUUCGUGGAGAGAACCUAAGUAGAUCCUUUAGUCAACAUAAUGCAAAUGAAAUUUUCGAUAUUUUUAAACAGGAAGUUGCACUUAGGGCAGUCGGAAAACAGAAGUUAGAACCAGUAAACACUAAAUUUAAGGGAUUGCCACAAUAUAUACCAGGAAAACAGCCAAUUUUGAUAUCACAACACGGAGAAUUGAAUGAGUGUACAGAUGAUAAGGAACAGGAAAAAUGGGAAUUUCAAGUAGUACAGCAAUUUAAAACUAAACUGGGACUUGUAGAAAAUUUAGUCUGCUGUGAAGAUGGAACACUGUGGAUUAACCAUUUUUUUGCUAAAAAAUUACAGAAGAUACAACUAAAGAAAGGAUCAGUACCAGUACAUGUCAUUAAGAAACUAAAAACAAAUUUAAUUUUUAACAUGGCUUUAUUACCAACAGGAGAUUUACUGAUAUCUUUAAUGGAAUCUGUCCUACAAAUACUUUCACAUACAACUGGAGAACUAAACCAGUCAGCAUACAACUUUUCACCUCUACAAACCAUAGCUGUUCAUGUAACCAAAGCUAACCAAAUUAUAGUGGGCGUAAGAGAGAAAGGUGAACCAUUCCUAGUCAAAGGUCCUAGACAGGUCGUUGUGACAGAUAUGGAUGGAAGGAGAGAAAAAGUUUACCAUUUAGACAAUGAUGGGCAAACAAUGUUUACAGUUCCUGCAAGAAUAACUUCACACAAUGACAAUAACAUUUUUGUUUUAGAUCGUCUCAAUACAGAUAUGGAUGGUAGGAUAGUCGCAAUACAUAAAACCAAUGGAAUAAGAUGGGUGUAUAGUGGUCAUCAACAUAUCAGCAAACAACACAACUUCAGGCCUAGCGAUUUAUUGGCUACAUCAUCAGACAUUUUGAUAGUUACAGAUAUGGAUAUUCACAUGAUUCAUUUCCUCAAUAAUGCAGGACAGUGCAUGCAUUACCUGAGCACUAAGGACCAGUUAGGUAUUGAGUUACCAUUCUCUUUAGACAUUGAUAAUACAGGUAUAUUGUACAUAGGCUGUAAUUCAUGUGGUUUUGACAAGGCCAAAAUAUAUACUGUUCGGGUUUCAUGA